AUGCCUGGUGAUGGCCAGGCCAGUGAUACGGCCCGAUUGAACGACGACAGCAUAGACAACAGCAACCAUCACGGAGAUGAUCUUUCCGACGAGGCAACCGCGGAAGCCCGGUUCGGUGCAGAGACUAGACUACGGCAAGAGGCUGCUCAGAUGAGGGUGCCUCCUGCGUACACAAGAAGCAUCCGCGAUGUGACUGCAGAUUUUGUGGCAGCUAGUCAGCAGCUACCACCCGGAGAGCUGGUAAAGGAUGAAUUCUUCACUCUGUUCGAGGCAGUGGGUGCUCUCGAGAUCAUGGACCCAAAAAUGGACAGCGGCUACAUCGAAGAUGGCGACUCAUUCGAGCCCGAUUUCGACGUCACUGCUGGCCGUGAGCUCGAAGAGGUGCUCUGGAUCAUGGACGAGCUUCUCUGCCUCGAGAUGAAUUUCCACGCCGGUUACCCGCUGUCGCAGAAUGUGUUCACGUCACUCCAUGUAUUUCGGUUGAUCGACCCAGAGACGAAGUAUCCGUACUACCUAGCACGGGACGAGGGCGCCAUGGGAGUCGAGGCUCAUCUGGAAAAGGACGAAGAGUCAAUACGAACAGGGCUCGUUCAUGUGGUCCUAGAAGCCUACUGCGUGAGUUUAGUCAAAUGCGUGGCGCUUGCUCUCGAAGCAAUACAGGGUCAGACAUACUAUGAGGAGGAAGAUUUCGUCACCUACUUAUUCGGUCGUGAGUUACUACCAUACUUGACUCCGGAGGAUUCUAGGAAGCGCCUCAUCGAAGCCAAUAACUGGAUUCACGAACGUAAGACCAACCUCGGAGAAGGGCGCGCCGCAGUGCUGCAAUCACGAAUCAAGAACCGAAUAGACAUGCUGCUCGCGAUGACGGCUGUCGAGGGGUACGGACACGUCAAACAGGGUGUCAUGAACUUCCACGGACAUGACUUGGCACGCCCUGUGCCAGAGGCCUUCUCACACAAAGUACAGCGGCAGCUGGCAACAAGUACACCCCCUCGCCCUCAGCCUACCAUAACUUGGAGCGAGGCGUGCGAGCUAUGGAGUCAGAUGUGCGACGAUCUCCAGGUCGUUGAGCAUGUGCUGCUUUCCGACUUGCGACAAAAUCCACAAUCACUACUUCGUGAGGUCUGGGCCUUUGGCUACCGCGAUCCCCACCCAAGUACCUUCGCCCGAGCUAAGAUGCAAGAGAUCUUGAUAUUGAACGAGCCUGUUGCGCAGAGUACGAGUACUCCACACCACGACCUUCUACUCAGAGAUAUUCGAGAACUAGUACUUCCUGGAUUCGACACAGCAGAUCCAGCUUCGUUCGAGGUCGAGUUGACAAGCAGUCCACGCCACAAGACCGCAGAGAUCAUGAAUAGCUUCAUGACCAUGGUUUAUACGGCUUGGUUGGACCUGUACUUGAUCGCGUGCCAAAACCGCUGCCGCAUGAGAAGAUCCUAUGCAAACGAAUUGAUAACAUGGUCCAAGCUGUUGGAAGAGGCUCCUCAAUACGACCAAAAGCUGAACAAGAUCCGAAGCCAUGGCUUCAUCAGAGGGGACGAUGGCAACAGGAAGCAUUUCAAGCCUCUGACGCACUGGACCCGAUACCAGUACACACAGCUCAAACGCUGGGUGAUUCAGCUGGGUUUCGACACCGAAAUUUAUCUUCCAGACGAGUAUCUCGGGAUGUAUCAGUUGUUCAGAACCACGAUUAUGCCUGAAGGAGACGAGGGUAUCAGCCCCAUAGAGCGUUUACAUGGCAAAUUGCUGGAGGAUCUACGCAUCCUAGGUCAACGCGAUCUGGUCGGCUCGCCGAAAGACGUGCAGCAACUCAUGGCCUGGCGAAGGCAAUGCAGCGACAGCGUCAGCUAUGUCGAGGUUUUGGUGUUGUUUCAGAGGGUGGAGAACACGAUGGCCAGUGCGAUCGGAUGGAUGUUGAGCAUGCUGGAGCACAUGAAAAUCGUCAAACCACCGAACCAGUCCGAGGCCGAAGCUCGAUUACGCCAAGAGGCGCGUCUGAAGCCCCUGAUAGCCGGCAGCGCCAGAGACGAAGCAGCAAUGUUGCGUGCGGAUGAGGCAGCGCAGACAUGGCGUCGCCCGGGUGGCAUCCCCAUUAACGAGAAGUAUAUCAUAAGAGUCACCGGUGUGAUUGAGGCAAACAAGAAGACAAUUCUGGAUAUGAUCGCCAAGCUUACCAAAUUGGCGAAGGAGGCAAAGGCUGUUGGUACAGAGUAUGCAUGGCUAGACGAGUUGGACCUGCUCAAGCGCACGACCUUCGACAUGGGUAUCAACACGCUACGGGUCCUGCAGAUUUGCCAGGGCCAUGGUGGGCUUGAUUUCGAAGAGGGCAAGGAUUAUGGCGAGUUCAUCGAGUUGACUAUCUUGCCGCCAGAGCACCGACAGCAUGCAUGGUGGGUCGUGCCGCAGAUCAGCGAGAAGAAGAAGGAGAAGUCAUGA